AAACUUGUGUGGAUAUACAGCAAACUGAAUACAUCAAACUUUUUUUUUAAGAAUUGACACGUGACACAGCAACAAAUGCACGUGCUUCUGUGACCGUCAUUUCAUAAUUAUCUUCAGUAAUGGCAGAGUCCGCGAAAUCUGUAAUUGAUUUAGUCGACAAACUGGCAGGUGAUAGGAGCCUGUUAACAACUUUAGCAAAUGUUUUAGAAAACGGGGGUCGCAGGAUGCACGAAGUCGUAAAUGAAAAUAAUGUGGAAAAAUAAUUAAAAACUAUUUUUUUGAGACCAGCUUCAUCAGUUGCCGCCGGGCCUACACAUUCCGAAAUCAGUAACACGUCAAGUCUUGCAUCAUCUUAUUUCACGAGGUCAACGAUACGACCACCACAAAGAUUAACCCAACCAACCAAAAAGUAAGCAUUACCUAGUUAUAUUUAUUAUUUUCAAGUGUGUUUUAAAUUUUAAUAACACGCAUUUUGUGUGUAGGCCACACGGUAGUGUCCUAUACACCUAGGCACGAUAAACCAAAUACGUGCAUGCACGCCAAAAGAAGUGGUAAUUCAUAAAUUCGUAACAGGCUUUUGUAACGGGAAAAAAAGUUAAGUUUAGUUUAUGUGUGAGCUACGUUGUUAUAUUAUUGUUAUUAUUUUAAGUAAUUUAUAUUUGUAUACAUUAAUGGAUGCUUGAAACAGCCAUACUGAAAUGUAACUUGAACGAGUACUACAUUUUCACAAAAGUAAGCCUAUAUACAUGAAUGAAUAAAUGCACAUGUUAUGAAAAUAAUGUGAUAUAUUUCUUUGUUUAAGAAGGCGACCAACUUUCAAAGGUCCUGCUACUUUUACAAAGGAGGUAGUAUUGCUGGGCGGACCUCACAACAAUGUAGUUGUAAAACACGGAACCAAGCAAUUACUCUAUGAAAGUGGGCAUGUGAUGAAUGCCUUUGAAUUCCACAAGGAGUGGUCGGCUGAAGAACUUCUAGAGAAUAUUAGAUCAGCUUUCAGCAGUCAUCUUCCUCCAGGAGCUAAUUUGGAAAUACUCAUGGCUUGCCACAAUAAACUGAUAGCUCCUUCUCUAAUGAGGAACCAAACACUCAAUGGUUGGAUGAUGAACAAAAUAUUUAAGCAACGCUCUGUCUAUAUUCGCCCCUCUGUUGAAAUCUUGGAUCUGCAAAGGCUGGACCAACAACCUGAAGACUGGGAUAAAACUAAUGUGCCAGAUAAUUCUCAGGAUCCUAACUGUAUUCGUGAAGAGACACUAGUUGCAGAUGAAAUACUUGGAUGUUCCUCUGAACCUGUGACAUCCAAUCCAGAUGGUCUGCAUAAUGCUGGAAUCGCAUUUCCAAACUAUCUAGGCUUGGACAGUAAUGAUCUUCAUGCAGUACAGGAUGUUUGUGUUUCUGCAGACUCUGUACUAACACAGACACCAGUGUCAUUUGGUGUAGAGGCAUCUAAAAUACACACUACACUGUUUCAGUCUACAUCUGCCAUGACUUUGGAAACUAAUGUUCUGGAGAAAAAAGGAUCAGAUUGUUACAAGCAGUAUACAUCGCUUAUCUAUGAUUGUAUUGAGCUUAAUUCUUCAAGUGAUGAAGAAGGAGUACAGUUUGCUGAGAAUUCAUCUGUCCGCUUACAUGAUGGAGAUCAAGUAACUCUUCAUGAUGUUAUCACAAAUCUUGCCCUACAAAUAGAUGAAGAUGCAGUUUCAAAGUUCAAUAUUGAUAGAAUAAAUAUAUGGGAUGGUGCACUUCGUGGAUUUAAGCGCAAAACAUACAAGCCAGAAAAUAGAAUGUCUGUAAUGUUUACUGACUCAGAUGGCAACUCGGAAGGAGCUGUGGACAGAGGUGGUCCUACAAGGGAAUUUCUAACUUUAUUAAUGCAGACACUACAGAACAGUAAAAUAUUUGAAGGUUCAGAAGACUGGAAAAAUUUGACCUGCGAUUCCCAAGCAUUACGUGAUGAUGAUUACUUUAUGGCUGGAAGAAUUAUAGCCAUAUCUUUGGUGCAUGGCGGACCAUCCCCCAACUUUUUUUCUCGGACAUUAUAUGACAGUCUAGCCUAUGACCCUCAGCAGGUCACACCUUCUGUGAAAGACAUCUGUGAUUGUGAUAUUGCAGAGAUAAUUUUGGAGAUGGAGAAUGUGUCAACACUAGAGGGGCUUAAAGAUGUUGCAGCCAAGCACUGCAACCUUCUGCAUGUGGCAGGAUGUUACCGCUAUUUACAAAAUCUGCAAGACAGAGAUGUACUUGUACAAGACUUCAUGAAGUGGUAUGUUUGUGGCCGAACAAGAAAUUCCCUGGAAAGGUUAAAAGAGGGAUUGAAGACGCUUGGUGUGCUUGACGCCAUUGUUGCACAUCCUGUUCUUUUUGCCAAUUCAUUUUGCUGGAGGGAGGAAGUGCUCACAUCUGAACAGUUUUCAGAAUUGUUCAAAAUAUCAUUCAGCACUGCUGGAAGUAAUAAAAGACGUGAGGAACAAAGAAUUGUGGGCUAUUGGAGAGAUUACCUACAGGAUGUGGAAGAUGCGGAUUCCAGCGUGUCAUUAAGACAGAUUCUAGCAUUCAUUACAGGAGCAGACAAAGAGCCACCUCUUGGUUUUCAACCACAACCGUCUGUUGAGUUCCUGCAUGAGAAUAAUGAAGGAUAUAUCUCCAACUUUCCACAAGCUAACACAUGCUGCAAUAUUUUAAAGCUACCAAUUUUGAAGUCCUUUGAUGAAUUUAAGAAGCAGAUGGAUUUUGCUAUUCUCAACUCUCCAGGCUUUGGUCACCCCUGAGGCAGUCCUUCAUACUCUUACCAACUCCAUGUUCAGUUGGACAGUUUGGGACAGUUCAGGCUUUUUAACUCGCAUCUCAAUGCAUUUAGGUAUGUUUUACUCGGGUACCUCAUUACUUGUUUAAGAGAAGUAGUACUGCACUUAACAGAAUGCAAUGAAGUGUGAGUUAAAAAGCCUGAACUGUCCCACUGAACAUGGAGUCAUAUGGUCACCUUAAGUAUAAAACAGUUCAGUGCAAAUGUUUGGGACAACCACACUAUUGUACAAUUAUUUUUGUUUUGGUUAAUUUAACAAGAUGUGGUUGUAAACCAGUUUUUGAACACAUGGUUGUUUAGUCUAAAUGCAAGUUAAUAAGCGUCUUCAUUGAUUUUAUAAGGCACCUGCAGCCAGAAAGCAGUUGCAUAUUUAUAGAAAGGGUUGCCAUUGUUCUCAUGUCCUCAGUGAGCCACCAUAGAAAUGUUUGUGUAGUAGCAGCUAUUUGUUUGCAAAAUGUAAUUGUGUCAACAAUGUAAUUCACACAUUUUUAGUUAAUGAAAGAUACGUUUUCAUAAUUAUAGAUGUGGGUAUGCAAACUUUUCUUAACAAAAAGGAAUGUAAUGUGACUGUUUGCCAAAUUUGCUUAUAGACAAAUGGUCUCAAAAGACAAAUUAAUUUUAUUACAAUUUCUUCAUAGAUAGUCAAUAUCAAUCAUAUUAUUUACCUUUUCUGCAAAUGGAUUUCAAAUGUUUGCCCGCGAUUGCAGUUUAACAAAAACAGGAAGUGCACAGAAAUGUAUUGUUUUAUUUUAAAAUAAUUGUUUCACACUGAAUUUAGUUACCUAAACAAUUUGCUCAUACUCCAGAAGUUUACAUGUGUAUACAUGGUGUCCUGCUAUAAUAAUUUGGCCAUCCCGAUAAAUUGUUAGUUAAUGUUAGUUUGGUUCUGAAAUUGACUAAUAAAAACAAAAGCGAUAUACUUUAUUGUAGCGCUUGGUUGAGCCACCUUUUGCAGUGCAAAGAGCCUCUAACCUGCAUUGAAUCUACCAGGUGUUGCGUCAUUCUUUGGUCCAGGUUUCUCCAGAUCGGUGCGAGUCUCCUUUAGUUCCAACAUAUUGGUGUGUGGGAUGUGGAUGGGUUUAUCUCCGCUGACGAGCCAGGCACUUACACAGGUGCUCAAUUGGAUUUGUGUCUGGGCUGUGGGGCACCCAUGGAAGUUCAAUGCCUUCAUUCCUUUUCAGACUGUGGCCACACAAGACACACUACUAGAUGUUUAUUGAAGGAUAUCUCAAUUCUGCACGGUGCAUUAACAUUUGAAAGAAAAAUCUAUUGCUGUGCCAAGAUUUGAUGCCCAUACUCUUCAGAAGGAUAGCGCUACAUACCACUCCUUACAUGUGACCAGUCCGGAAGAGAAAUCAAAUCAAAGCAUUCCACUUUUUUCCCCUCGGUGCUCCAAAGCCCAGACAUCAGUCCGAUUGAGCACCUGUGGCAGUAUCUGGAUUGUGAGCAGCGAGCUACCAAUCCCAAGCCCCCCCCCCCCCCAAUCUAUUGCAACUAAAGGAAACUCAAACAUGGAUAUGGAGAAACCUGAAGCACAGCAUGGAACACUAGGUACUGUAGAUUAUAAAAACAGUAGAAAUAACUGGUAAAAUGUUGUGUUUUAACUUGUCAACACAGUUAUAGUUAUUAUAAAGAGGUUACUUGAUUAUUACAAAAACUGGAAAGUAUAACAAUUGUAGAUGUUGAAUGAGAAUUAAAAGCAACAAUUUUGAU